AUGGAGACUGGAGUCCGCAUCCUUCUGGCUGUCCUCGUCCACCACCAGAUUGCUCUUGUUGGUGGCCAUGAGGAUGGCGGCCAUGACGCCUGUCUGCCUGGCUUCCAGGUCAAGAACUACCAGCUGGUGUACAGCGGACCCUUCCAGAAAGACCAAGCACUUUUGCAAGUUAAGUUUGAUGACUGCGCAGGGAACACGGAUGUGACGUUUGACGUGUCAGAUCCCAGAUUCCAUGUGGAUGAAGAUCUGAAUCUAGUUCCUUUGCAGGACGUUGUGUACAGUGGGCCAGUCCUGCUCAUCCAUGGGUUCAAUGCACACACCGACGAUUUGGCACAGGUGGAUGUUUCUGAACUCCCGGGUCAGUCAGCGUACACUCUCAGGGAUGUUCUGGGUCUUGGCCGAAAGCUACCAAACAGAUCAAAGCGAUCCAUACUGGUCCCUCCAAUGAUUGUAACUGAGAACCAGAGAGCUCCUUUCCCCAGGAUCAUAGGAAAGUCUCAUGUAAUUUCACCAGAAAAGCCGGGGAACCAUAUCUUCCGACUGACUGGCCCUGGCGCUGACCGGUAUCCUAAAGGCCUCUUCACCAUUGACAUCGACACAGGAGACGUGUCAGUCAGCCGCUCACUGGACCGAGAGGCCAUUGACUCGUACCAGCUGGAGGUUUCCACCACAGACUUCGCUGGAAACAUCAUUGAGGGACCGGCCAUACUUGUGAUCACUGUCAUUGACCAAAAUGACAACCGUCCCAUCUUCAAAGAGUCACGUUACACGGGAGAGGUUCUCGAGGGAUCUCCUACAGGAACUACAGUGAUGACAAUGACGGCAUUCGACGCAGACGACCAAGGCACAGAUAAUGCUGCACUGCGUUACAACAUCAUCAGACAAUCUCCAGACAAACCUUCACCCAACAUGUUCUACAUCGAUGCAGAAAGAGGCGACAUCGUGACAGUCAUCUCCCCGAAGUUACUCGAUAGAGAGACACUCCCGACUACAACAUACGAGUUAGAGAUUGUGGCCAAGGACAUGGCAGGAAGCGAGGUGGGCCUAACAGGAACAGCAACAGCUACCAUUACUAUCACAGAUAAAAACGACCAUGCCCCUGAGUUCACACAUCCGCUGUUUGAGGCCCAUGUACACGAGGGUUCGACGGGCGUUGUGGUAAACCUGACAGUCGACGACAGAGACGAUCCAGCCACGGGGGCAUGGAGAGCCAUUUACUCUAUAAUCAGUGGAGAUCCGAAACAAAGCUUCGAGAUCCAAACUAAUCCAGACAAUAACGAAGGAAUGCUGUCAGUUGUCAAGCCUUUAGACUACGAGACCAUUGCAUUCCAUACACUACUUAUCAAAGUAGAGAACGAGGAUCUUUUGGUUCCUAAUGUUGGCUAUGGCCCCAGCUCCACAGCUACUGUCCACGUGACAGUUGAGGACAUCAAUGAGGGACCAGUAUUCAUGCCGGACCCUUUGAUAGUCACCAGGAUGGAAAACGUCCCCGUGGGCAGCUUCGUGGCUUCACUCAAUGCUACGGAUCCAGACAUUCUGGAGCUGCAGAGCAUAAGAUAUGCUGUUCUGAGAGACCCAGCAGGCUGGCUGAGCGUGAACCCAGUCAGAGGAACUGUCAACACCUCAGCCUCAUUGGACCGAGAGUCUCCGUAUGUUCAUGACAAUAAAUACACAGCUCUCUUCAUCGCAACAGACAACGGCUCUCCUCCAGCCACAGGAACAGGAACAUUGAUCAUUCACCUAGAGGACUACAAUGACAAUGCCCCAUAUGUCAUACCAUCAGUAGCACAAGUGUGUGAAGAUGCCCACGAUAUGAAUGUUGCCAUAGUUGGGGGCUGGGACAAGGACCUCCCACCCAAUGCGGCACCCUUUAAGAUAGAAUUGGGAAAACAACCUGGCUUGGACAACACAUGGAAGGUUACCAGACUUAACUCCACACACUCACAAAUCAUGCUUCUGCACAGUCUGAAGAAAGCCAACUACCAGCUCCCAUUGCUCAUCACUGACUCAGGGGUGCCCCCCUUGUCCAACAACACAGAGGUCAAAGUUCAGGUGUGCAUCUGUACAAAAAGCAGGAGGUACUGCAGCUCCGCCCACUCCCACCGCACUAGCCUACUUCUGCUGUCUGCAACUGUCCUGCUUGUCCUGCUCUGCCUGUAGAUUCAGCUAAAUUCUCUCAUAGCCCUUUUUGCAACACUGAAAAUCAACAACUUACCUUCCCUGCGUGACCCGGGCUUAGGAGAGAAGAAAAAGAAGACGCAGCGAAAAAGAAAUCUUCUCCCCUUGACCAAUCAAACAAGCAAAUACACAAAAUCCCCCCC